CCCGGGAGAGUUGUAACUUUAGUCCCAUCAGAAGAUCCUGAGGACCAGGUGUGGGGCAUAGCAUACAAUAUUGGUGAAGAAGAUCAAGAGAAAGUGAUGGCUCACCUUGAUUAUCGUGAGAAAGAUGGUUAUCACCGUAAAGCAGUGCUUUUUCACCCACAAGACAAUUCCAUUCAGCCAUGGCACCUUACUCUCUACUUAGGUGCAGAUUCAAAUCCCUUUAUACAGGCCCAACAAAUGAAAACACAAUUGCUGAAAUAAUAUCUUUAGCAGCUGGUCCAAGUGGUCCUAAUUCAGAGUAUCUAUUCCAGUUAGCUGAAGCAAUGAGAACUUUUGGGGUAUCAGAUUCUCAUCUGUUUGAUAUAGAAGCAAAAGUUAAAAAUAUCUUGAGUGUAGUAUAGUAAAUGA